AUGAGAAAAUAUCAGUUUCUGAAAUUCACAGCACAGCACUGCAGCACAACAGCAAUUAACAACACAGCAGCAAUUCAAAUAUAUUUAAAUAGUUCUCGUGGUGGACAUGAAAUUAACAGCACAACCGCAAUUCAAAUCACAAUAAGUCGAGUCGGAGGCAAUGCGUCGAGGCGGAGGCGCGGAGCAGCCGGAGUUUUUGUGUCGGACUUCGGAGGUGAGGACAGGGUAUCGAGACGCCGGAGUGCGACAGACGUGAGGAUUGAGGAGAGGCGACGGGAAGACAAAAAUUGGACGUCGACUAGAAGGAGAAAAACUGACGAAGAAGACGAUUCGGACCGCAUCAAUAAAGCUCGAAUUACAGCCCAUCGACUUCUCGGCAGAGGAACCUUCGAUUACAAACGAAGGAGACAAUUCCUAGUCAGAUAUCUCAAUAUCAGGCUUCAUAAAAGAAAAACAACAGACAAGUAUGAGCGCGCAUGGUUCAGGAGUUAG